UCAAGGACGCGUAGUCGCGUACACACCUGGAAGCAAUCCUUCUCAUUUGAAUCGUUCUCUGUGAAGUGUCAUGUCCAGUAUGCUACUUUGAGCUGUAUUCUCUGGACGCCGGUCAACAUCGAGUGAAAGUCAUUGCUCCCAGUACUGCGGUGUUACAGGGGAAUUGAAGAAGUCCCACAGAGCCAGUGGCAGAGGCAAGGUGGGGGGCAGGUACUGGGUGCACCAUGAGUCUGUCUACCCCUGGAAAGACCAACACCAAGGCCAGUCCGGCUAGAAGCCCUCUGCUCAGUCCCAAACACAAGCUGACGUUGCCAGAGCUAAGUCGAGCAAGGUCCGGUUUACGCACGGCGUUGGGAAAAUGUGUGGAGGCUGCUAUGAAUCGCCUGGACAUCAUCUGGACAGAUAUUGGCCUUGGCGAGGAGCAGAAGUGUGCCAGAACAAAGGUGGUCUUUGAACACAUGCAAACCCUGCUGGAUGAUAUGGCGAAUGAGGAAGAGGCGUGUCGCACCAAACUGAAGGACAGCAUGACCGAACACUUGACGGAGUACACCAAGCUUUGUACCGAGCUGCACGUGGAAAUGGUCGAGGUCAGCGAAGAGAGUACGCUGCUGGAAAAGGAACAGAUGCUGCGUGGCAUGUGCACCGAGCUGGCAAAGGAGAAGCACACACGCAUGAAAUGCCUGAAGGAGCUCCUGUCCAAAGAAGAGCAGCUGUGUCAGGUGUUAUGCCGGCCAAGAUCCUUGCCCCAGGAUACGGCCUCCACAAAGAAGGACAGCCUGUGUCCGACAUUGAAACAGCUCGAUGAGUGGAGUAAAUCAGUGGAGGAAUUAGCCAAAGAACAGAAGCAACGCCUUAAGGAGCUCAACGCCACGAGAAAGCAGCUAGAGGCGUUCUGGUCAGAGCUGGAGCAUGAACCCAGCAAUGAGUUUGAGCAGGAGCUGAUGAGGGGAUCGCCGGAGAAACUACAGCUCACGGACACAACACAGAGUCGAGCCGAGCAGCUGUGCUCCGAUUGCGAGUUCCAAGUGGCCGAACGGAAUCAAGUAGCUGAGGAUUUACGCUGUCGCCUCGCACCGCUGUGGGAUCGUCUGCAGGUGGACGAAAAUGACCGAGCCAGUUUCUUAUCACGACACCAGGGCUGCAAGGCAUCCAUAGUACAAGCGCUACGGCAUGAGGUGGAACGACUCGAAGAAAUUCGACGGCAGAACAUCGGGACGUUCAUUACGUCGGUCAGGCAAGAAAUUCAUCUACUCUGGGACCAGUGUCAGUUUGGCUCGAAGCAGCGGCAAACGUUUCGCCCAGCGUACUCAGAUGACUUUACAGAGGAACUGCUCACACUUCACGAGGCCGAGCUUGUCCGCUUAAAGACAUUCGCUGCAGACAACAGCAAUCUUUACCAGCUGGUGGAGCGAAGAGACAAGCUCUGGCAUCGUCUUCAAGAGCUCGUCAAUAAUGCGAACAACCCGGACCGUCUCAGCAACCGCGGUGGGCGCCUGCUGAAGGAGGAGAAGUUGCGCAAACAAAUCAGCAAGGAGCUGCCCAAAGUUGAGAAGGACCUGCGGAUAGUCGUGCAGGAUUGGGAGGCCUCGAACAAGCAUUCGUUUCAGAUCAAUGAUGCCAGGUACCUGGACUCCAUUGAGAUGCAGUGGGACAGCCAUGCUCAGAGGAAGGAAGCGGAGAAAACAAAACGACUGCAAGACAAGAAGGCGAUCAUCGAAGAGGAGAUAAAGUAUGGCAGCCGAGCCACUACCCCUCUGAAAAGGAAAUGCACGGUAUCAUCCAGCGCUGCUCCAGCCAAGAAGCGCAAGGUCACUGCAACAUCGUCAGCGGCGCAUGCUUCUUCAGGUGGACAAGGCCGAAGGCCACUCGGAGCUGCCAAUUCAGCAGGAUUAGGAGCGGGCUCGUUCAAGAUGGCAGCGACUGUACGUACGCCCGUCAAGUCGUCAGUGCGGCCGGCCGUGUCGCGGAGCGGCAAUCAGGAGAACCAUGCUGACGGCACCUACUUAUGCUGACAUCUGGAACGGACCACUGCCACGCCGAUAUCUCAGGCCUUCUUAGACCUGCCGAACUAUGUACAUAGCUGCCAACUUCCUGCCUACCUUUUCACCUAUCAGUCUGCUAUUCUCCUCGGACUGGAGACAAUUGCAAUAGAUCUUGAUAAAAAAGAAAUAACCCGAACAAUCAUGGACGCCACUUCUUACAAGAAGGCGCUGUUCGCUUUACAGGCCAUUUCAAGCACAUUGCUUCAUCACUUCAGUAUUAUCCAGCACCGACUGCCAUAUAUUCUCAUCAAAUUACGCCACUAUUCGCUCGAUACGCAGUGUAUGUGCCAAUACCCCCAUGUGCAUGCACCUAGCAUGCUGCAUACUUAUACCCGGCUUCACUGCCUCCUUUCAGCUUCGGCUGCUCAUCCUCACGAGAACGUGUGGCGUUUCCGGCAUGCAUUCUAGGCUUGCCGUGCUCGUGCUCGUACCAUUAUCACAUAGUAUCACAUAUCAUAUAUCUAGCAUUAGCACGAGUACAGAGCAAGCUUAUACCUCUGCUAUCGGCUACAAGCUUAUGUACUCCUGCUAUGAGCAGUAGCAGCAAUGCUACAUUACGUGUCUAGCAUUUCAUUUGCGCAUUCGUCAGCGGAGUCCGUCAAGAACUCUCGCCGGCAGUUUUGCAAUCAUAAAGUAUACUGUUGCUUUGGAACUCAUCAUACCCACACAUCCUCCUCCUCAUCAUCAUCCUCAUCAUUAGCAUUACUAGUGGUAGUAGUACUUCCUGUAGUGGUAUCCUAUCCUGUAGCUCCGUUCUGUGCUUGUAUCCUUAGACCUAGACUGUUGUGUGCCCAACUGAGUAUGUCCCCUAUGAUCUACAACAGUUACUAUAACUUUGUGUCCUGUAUUAUACUGGUUUUAGUGCCCUUUCACUGACUGAACACAGCUUCUCUCUAUAGACCGCGUACGCAAUCACCCUUAUUGUGUCUUUCUGCAUGCCUUCGGCCUGGUCUUGUGGAUGCAGUGUGAGUUUGACUCGGACGGCACUGUUACGCGUGUGCAAGCGUCUGUGUGUCUACACUACUAGUAUCCGCAUAGCUGUGAUGAUGUGUUUGGUGCA